CUAAACGCAUCUUAUUUUUUUCAUAUUACCAUUUUAGGUCUUUGCUAUGUAUGGAAACCUCCAUGGGACAAAUUCCAGAGGACAUCCCACAUGAUUUCACUAAAAUCCGAAUAGAGAACUGCCACCUGACUGAGUUACCACAAGGAUCUUUCUCUAAAGUUAGUACCUUGGAGUUCCUCUGGCUGAAUUUCAAUGAGAUUACCCUGAUGAACAUUAAAAGCCUGGAGGGGCUGGCUAACCUGACUGAGCUCAGGCUACAAGGGAACAAGCUGACUUCAGUACCAUGGACGGCAUUUCAGGAUACCCCGAAACUGAAAAUUCUGGACCUGAAGCACAAUCGACUGGAUGUCCUGCCUGAACGUGCUCUGAGACACUUACCUACACUAACCUACUUAGAUUUAUCCUUCAACCAACUUAGUGUCAUAUCAAAAGAUGUCUUCAUUGAUUGGCCUCUCUACCAAACGGCAGAGAAAGCAUGGGGAAAAGAAGGGCUGGUCUCCAAUGUGGUUCUGGGGCUGCAUGACAACCCCUGGUUAUGCGACUGUCGCCUCAAAGGCUUUGUCGAAUUCAUUCGGGAAGUCGGCCCUCCCAUAAUUCUGAUGAACUCUUAUUUGAUGUGUUCGGGCCCCGCCGCCAAAGCUGACAAGUUUUUUCAUGAGAUCCAGUUAAAAACAUGCAUGAAGCCAGAGGCCUCUGCCCCAGAGACUAACAUCACUUUACCUCUUGGAGCAAAUGCAACUCUCACAUGCUUAGUCAAGGCCAGACCAGGCCCGGCCAUUCAUUGGAUGUACAGUCUGAAGAUUAUAAGAGGAUUUGCGGUUACAGAGACUCAAAUAAAUGAGGAGACCAUCACCUCCCAGCUGGUGAUCCCUUCUCUUCAUCUGGCAGACCGAGGACUCUACACCUGCAUGGCCAACAACUUCAUUGGCAGCUCUUCUGUCAGCAUCACAGUGAACGUCAGCUCCUUCAGUUCCUCGGUUCCUCUCCCUCCACCUGUCCCCAUGUUGUCGUCUGAUGAGAAUACCUAUAUUGAAAUCCGCAUUGCCAAGCAGACAGUUUACGGCAUCACCCUGGAGUGGCAUGCAGCAACGGACAACCCAGCAGAAACCUGGUUCACCAUCCACUUUGGCAAAUAUGGUUCACCCAAAAAGGAGACAAUCUACAUCGGCCCCGGCAUCAACAGCUACUCAGUCAACGACCUGCUUCCUGUCACCAAAUAUGAAGUAUGUGUGACCCUGAAGAACCAUCCACCAAGGGAUGGCCAGUGCAUUGUGUUUGUGACAGGAAGCGACAUCAGUGAGCUGGAGCAAAGAGAAAGGCUCAUCCACAUUGUUGUCAUUGUGUGUGCCAUGGUGUUGGCAGUGCCGACAGGCAUGUACGCCUGCACCACCGAGGCCAGGUUCAGCUGUGUGGAUCGCUGUGUGGAUCUGUGGAGGAAACGCAGGCUGCCUGGAGAGAACCUGCAAGGGAUGGAGAGGCAAGGCACCUUCGACAGCCUGCAGGCGACCAGCGAUGAAGGCCUGUGCAGGGAGGAGGAGGAAAAGCCCCAAAGGAAGCGGAAGUCCGAGGAUAGGUGCAAAGGAGGAAGUGCAGCUCAUCUGUACUAGCAUCAAAGUCAAGAAAUGUACAUAAAUGUGUGAUUUGUACAGUUUUCUCUGUCUCAGUUUGGGCUUCUCUCAUAUUCCAUGGAACAUGCAAGAUAGAAAAGAUUUUUCAGAAAUACAGAAGUUGCACACCUCUCUUGUUUUGCU